AUUUAUAGCUCUACGUCCCCUCACAUGACUACACAAACAUCACCAACAACGGUCUACUCUUGUCUCUCUCUCCUCUCACCUUUCCGAGAGCCUCUCUUGCUAGCUUAAAAGGAGCAAAAGAUUCCCCCUCACUUUCGGCGCACAUUCUCUCCCGUCCUGCGGCGCCGCUUCCUCUACCAUCGGAUUCAGAGGCCAAAAAUAGGAUCGCGAUCAAGACAAGCUAGUGCGUGCUGCCGAGGCCAUCAAUGGGGGACGGCGCCAUGUGCGAGCUCUUGGUCGACGACCACAGCGAGCUCCGGCACCUGUCGGGCGCCGAGGACCUGUUCAGCAUCCUCGAGACGUGGGAGGAGUGCGUGAACGGCGCCGGCGGCGGCGGCGGUUCUUCUGCGGCGGCCAUGCCAGCGUAUAGCCAGAGCUCGACCGGUGGUUCUGAGUCUGCUGGCGCCGUGGAGGGGGCUAGGCCGACGGCGAACAGCCGACGGCGCGCGGGCGAUGAGGAGAAUGGCGUCGGCCGUGGCGCUCCGAUGCGGAAGAAGCAGAAGGGUUCGUCAACGGCGGCGGCACAGGAUGCGGCGGCCGAUGAGGGGGCCGCGAAGAUGUCGCACAUCGCGGUGGAGCGCAACCGGAGGAAGCAGAUGAACGAGCACCUCGCCGUGCUGCGCUCGCUCAUGCCAUGCUUCUACAUCAAGAGGGGAGACCAAGCGUCCAUCAUAGGACUGGCCAACUUACUUGCACAGGUUAUUACUUGCUUAUUGAUGAUGAACUGCGUGCAGGGAGACCAAGCGUCCAUCAUAGGAGGGGUGGUGGACUACAUCAAGGAGCUGCAGCAGGUGCUGCGCUCGCUGGAGGCCAAGAAGCACCGCAAGGCGUACGCGGAGCAGGUGCUCAGCCCGCGGCCCGCCGUGCCGGCGGCAAGCCCGCGGCCGCUCCUCAAGUCCACGCCACCGCUCAGCCCGCGCGUGGCGGUGCCGAUAAGCCCCCGGACGCCGACGCCCGGCAGCCCCUACAAGCCGUCGGGCGGCGGCGGCGGCGGGGCUGCAAGCAGCAGGCCCCCGCACCCGGCCACGGCGGCCUGCUACAUGAUGCCCUCGCCGGCCAUGACGCCGACGACGUCGUCCUCGUCGUCGUCCUACGCGCACGAUCAGCAGCAGCAGCUCUACCCGACGACGGCGCAGCCGUACCUGCCGACCCUGGACAGCCUCGUGACCGAGCUCGCCGCGCGGGCCGCCGGCGGCAGGCCCGCGGCGGCCGGGCUCACGCUCCCCGACGUGAAGGUGGAGUUCGCCGGGCCCAACCUGGUGCUGAAGACGGUGUCGCGCCGCGCGCCGGGGCAGGCGCUCAAGAUCAUCGCCGCGCUCGAGAGCCUCUCGCUCGAGAUCCUCCACGUCAGCGUCAGCACCCUCGACGACACCAUGGUGCACUCAUUCACCAUCAAGAUUGGGAUCGAGUGCGAGCUUAGCGCGGAGGAGCUUGUGCACGAAAUUCAGCAAACGUUCUAGUGACGUGCGACAGGCUAGCUGCACAGAGAGAGAUCGACGAUGGAGCAACUUGGAUGCUUGGCUGUCCAUACACAGGCGGCUCAACAGUUGACAGGGGCAGCUAUGUAUCUCCCUGCAACUGUGGUGGCACAUCAGCAAGGUGUAGGCUCUAGUACGUCAAUAGUUAUAGGGAUCAGGGGGCUUGUUUCGAUCUCUAUAGCUGUGUGUACUAGCUACGUGCCUAGCUUAGAGAUGGUUAUUGUCUUGAUUUCUACAGCUGAAUAAUCGAUCCCGGCCUUUUUAUAUCUUGAUCGACCUGUGACUAUAUGUACGUACGUGUACAUACGUACGUAUGUAUACUUCUCUCUCCUAGCUAAUUUUGCUCA